CUUUAUGAUAAAGUUUGAAUAACAGUGGAUUGAUAUGUUUUUUAUAUUUAUUGAAAAAUGAUUGAUUUAGAAUUAUUUGUAAUGAUUUCACAUAAAUUUCAGUUUCAAUAACAUGGAAUUUAGGAAGAGAUUUUAGAAUCACUAAUUGAAGAUUUUAACAAACAAAACAAAAACCAAAAAUUAUCCAAAAUCAUUGUUCCAAUACACCUCCUCUAAUAAUUAUGUGGCUCAUACUUUUUAAUGAUUGAUAUAGAGACCUAAAAAGAGAGAAAACAAAUUAUAAUACAUGAUAAUUAGUGGGACAUCUUUGCCCAAUCUGUUUCCUUGAUUACGUCUAUAAAUGAAUCAUUACAAAAACUCACAGAAAAUGACAUCAAAAGAAGUAAGCAAAAACCCUAAUUUCUCCUGUCAUGGAUAGCUUACCUCAUCAUCUCCUCGACGAGAUUCUCUUCAGAAUAGACCACAGAUCUCUGGCCAUGAUGCAAUGCACAAAUAGAUCUCUUCGAACUUAUAUAUCUGAAUCUGAAUACCUUUGUCGGGUCGGAUCCUGUUUGAUAUACAUACAUACCUAUGGCUCCUCUCUGCUCUACUACCACCUUUACGGUGAUUCUAGGUCACCGAGAAUAGUAGAAACCUUAACAAGGAGUCACAUUUUAGGCUAUUGUUCUGGCCUUCUUCUACUCUUCCUUAAUAAAAUGCUCUGCGUCGUAAAUCCUCUCACAAAGAUGUUUCGAUUAUUCAAUCACUCGAGGUCAAAGUUUUGCCCUGGGUUCACUACUCUUCGACAAGAUCGUCAACAAGUCAUCGGGUUCGCCGUUGAUCAGAUUGAUCGAACAACCCAGAGUUUCAAAAUCGUCGUCAUAAACGAGGUGAGAAAUGGCAAUGAAACAACGUAUGAGUUUGAGAUUAACAGAGGAGAUUCAUGGAAAUUAUCAGAAACAACGUUUACUUGCUGUACAAGUAAUCUUGAUGACCGUAUGAAAAAACCUGUUUAUAUGAAGGGAGCUCUUCACUGGCUAAGAAAUGACGGAUCUAUCGUAGCUUUCAACCCUAAAACAGAGAAAGCACGACUGAUUCCGAUCAGAUUCCCCAAAGAACUUUGUGUUAAAACGUUGUUCACAGCCGCAGAUAAUAAUUUAACCUUGAUAUCGGCGACGGAAGAAUUUGUUUACGUUUAUGCACUCGAGAACAUUCUUAAUGAUCCCAAGUGGGUCCUCGUGAAGAAAAUCCGGAACGGAAUACUGGACGAGAAGAGGUUAUAUAGUUGGGGCCUAGAGGCUUACGAUGGAAAGUGUUUAGUGUUGAAGGAGACAAUGUUGAAGAAGGACGAUUACAAGCAAGUGCUUCGUGGGUACGACCUGAGAGCUAAUAAGUGGGAAGUCAUAGGUUCGAUUCCAAGGUGGUGCACUUAUGCUAUAGACUUUUAUCAGUUUAAACCGUCGUCGUCUUCGGUGAUAGGACUUGAUGACAAAGAGGGGGAAUUAAGAGAUAUUGGCUUGUGAUGGUAAACAAAUCUCCUCUAUAAACUCUAUUAUUGGACUGCUUGAUGGAAUCUCAUCUUAUAAAAAUGGAAAGCAGCUUAGGGAAAGAUUGGUUGAAGAAGAAACGAAACUAAUGUGUUACUUUUGUCCAAGUUGUUUUUUGUAUUGUACGUGCCAAAAAAGGAGUAGACAAAUCCGUAUCAUGUGUGGAACAUGUAUCUUUUGGUGAAUUAACAUAUCACAUAUGUGUUGUUUUAUGUUUU